CCAGUUUCCAACCGAAAGUAAAUGAUCAAUUUCAUAUCCAGCUCCUCGGGAUCUGGGCACCAUCACAUCUGCUCCCAGUGGGCCAGGAAGGGGCACAUUAGGUGCCAAGUGGAACUGCUGAAUGAGGAGCCCGGGAGGAGAAAGGGAAAUAUUCUGUACUGACCCAUUUCAGAGACACAGAGGCAAUGUGCCACAAACAGAGGAGUAAAGGCAUGCUUAAUGACAUAUUUAUUUUAAGAUAGAAUGUUUUAGGUCCUAAUUACCACCCAUUUCUAGGUAACUCCAAGUCCUGUUUGGCCAUGGAAUUUGGACUCUCCCACAUAAACAGGGACUAUACAGAAUUUACAGGAGGGGACAGAGAAAGAAACUGCUGCAGAAGCAACACAAAACAGACAAAGAGGAGCUGCCACUCAAGAGAAGAGAUGGAUGAAGAAGCCCAGAGGAAGCAGGAGGAUAAGAGAGAAGUUCAACAAGAUCAGAUCCAGCAGCUGGAGGACAAGCUUCACCAACUGGAUCUGAGGAUGAAUAACUCUGAGGAACUGUGUAACAUGUGUGAUACAUUGGGUUCCUUACUGGCACAGGAAUCACAUGGAGCUGCACUGUGUGGGGCUGAGGGGGCAGAUAAUGAGGGGGGCACAGAUGGGAUAAUGGCCCCUGGUUUGGCUCAUAUUGUGCUGGGUAUAAGGAGACUGAUCUAUGGGCAGGAGGCUACAAACCUGUUGCUGGAUAUAAACACGGCUCAUAAUAAUGUAUUUGUAUCAGGGGACAGGAAAUCUGCUUCCUACUCACUAACAGAACUACAUUACCCACAAUCCCCAGAGAGAUUUCAAUGGGAGCCUCAGACUUUAAGCAGCAGGAGUUUCCCCUCAGGGCGACAUUACUGGGAAGUGGAGGGCAGUAAAACAGGAGGCUGGGGGGUAGGGGUGGCCUAUCCCAGUAUAGAGAGGAGAGGGAAUCAGUCUGGUUUUGGGAAUAAUAACAAGUCAUGGGGUUUGUUUAGAUGGGCAUAUAAUAGUUAUUCAGUGGAACAUGACAGUGAAUGGACAGAUUUAUCCCACGUCCCUUCUUGCAGAAGAAUUGGGAUCUGGUUGGACUAUGAGGCUGGACGUCUGUCCUUUUAUGAGCUGAGUGAGCCAAUCAGACACUUACACACCUUCACUGUCACAUUCACUGAGCCCCUUCAUGCUGCUUUCUGGGUAUUUGGGGAAGGUGCCUGGGUGAGAAUCAUUAGAGAGAGAAAAAAAGGAGAUGAAGUACUAACACUAGAUGGAAAGACAGAUAGACAGAUAGGAGAAAGUGAGGAUCUGACCCCAGGCAGAGAGUUGGAGCCAGAGAGUCAGAUGCAGGAGGAGGAUGUUGUGUCUCAUAUAAUCCACAAGGGGGAGACAGAGAGGGAAGAGUUGGUCGGGCAGAUCCUGGACAUGGAGGAGAUGUGUAACAUGUGUGAUACAUUGUGUUCCUUACUGGCACAGGAAUCACAUGGAGCUGCACUGUGUGGGGCUGAGGGGGCAGAUAAUGAGGGGGGCACAGAUGGGAUAAUGGCCCCUGGAUUGGCUCAUAUUGUGCUGGGUAAAAGAAGGCGGAUCAUUGGACAGGAGGCUACAGACCUGUUACUGGAUAUAAACACGGCUGGGAAUUAUGUAUCUGUAUCAGGAGACAGGAAAUCUACAGAAUACUCAGAAAUUUACCAAUUUUACCCACAAUCUCCAGAGAGUUUUCAGGAUAAGCCCCAGGCUUUAGGCAGCAGGAGUUUCUCCUCAGGGCGACAUUACUGGGAAGUGGAGGUCAGUGAAUCAGGGGAGUGGGGGGUAGGGGUGGCCUAUCCCAGUAUAGAGAGGAGAGGGAGACAGUCCUGGUUUGGGAAUAAUAACAAGUCCUGGUGUUUGUACAAGUUGGAUGAUGAUACAUAUUCAGUGGCACAUGACAGUGAAUGGACAAAGUUAUCCCACAUCCCUUCCUGCAGGAGAAUCAGGAUCUGGUUGGACUAUGAGGCCGGACGUCUGUCCUUUUAUGAGCUGAGUGAGCCAAUCAGACACUUACACACCUUCACUGUCACAUUCACUGAGCCCCUUCAUGCUGCAUUCUGGGUAGGGUGGGAAGGUGCCUGGGUGAGAAUCAUUAGAAAGUAAUUUAUCUGGGGGGAUAAAGGGAAAUUAUUAUUAUUAUUAUUAUUAACAUGUAUUUAUUUAGCGCCAAUAUAUUUCAUAGCACUGUAAAGUAAAUGUGUUUAUACAACUAAAUCCCAUGAAUUAUAUACAUAGAACAU